UGAAACUCCACCACCAUGCUCAACCUGUUCAGGCGGAGGUUCAGUCUCAGUGGGGAAGCAGCUGCAGGAGAGAAGAUGGAGAUGAAGCACGCUGGGCUUCUGUUGCUGCUCUUUUGUUCUGCCUAUAGUUACCAGUUUAGAACUGGUCGUGGUCCUUUCGUGCAAGACCCUGAAGCCGAGUGGGACAGAAUGGCGACAAUGAUGGAUGAAGACAUGGGUGUGGCUCCUGUACCCGGUUACUGGAGGAGUUCUACAGGCAGUGGAUCCUCAAUACCCAACAUUAACACCUUUCCUGAGUACAAGCGCAUCUCCAUGUCCAAGUACUCGAAAGAGGCGUUCAAGCCAGAAAAGGGUGUCAGACCCCUCCCUGAGUGGGCCAAGGAAAUCUUACUGGUUCCCUCUACUGAUACAGCAACUGGAGGAUCAACUGGAACAACAUCAACCGGAACAACAGCCAGAAAAAAUUUGGUUGAACUCCUUUGUCAUGUUGACAGAAUUUAUGUGAGAGUUCUACGUGAGAAUUUUAGGAGCAGGGAUGCUUACAAAGAUUUGAGGUUAGGUUCCUGUCCUGUUAAUCAAGGCACCAAAGACCACUACUAUUUCCUGUACCCUCUGAAAACUGACUGUGGAUACAAAAAAGAGAGUAAGACAGAUUAUCUGUCCUUCAGCAAUGUGCUCAGCUACAAGCCAUCUGGUCAGGUUUUAAGGGAAAUUCCAUAUAAUAUCCCUCUGCAGUGUAAAUAUCCAAGGCUUUUUCAUGCUUACAAAGUCGGCAUCCAUCCUCAACUUCAAGGUGGCACAGUUUUCAAAGCACUUACACCAAAACAAAGUGUUGUACUUGCUGCGCAAGAUGCUUCAGGAAAUGAACUCACUGGCAGCAAAACCUACACCUUGGGUCAGCCAAUGUUCUUUGAAGCAAAGAAGGCUGAUGCCACUGCAACUUCUGGAGAUCCAAGGAUGUACAUCAACAAGUGCUUCAUGACUGCCAACCAAUACCCUGACUCUAACCCCAAAUAUACAGUCAUCGACAACCAAGGCUGUAUGGUUGACAGCAAGCUGGCAUUGCAGUCGAAGUUCCUCAGCGGCUCCUCAAAGGUGUCCCAGAAAUUCCAAGUGGGAGCCUUCGUAUUCAAGGACCAGGUGUCCACUACCUCCACGUCACAGCAACUCUACAUGCACUGUGAGGUCUCUAUGGGGAAAUCUACUCCAUCUCCAAGUUCUAAGGCUUGCAAUUAUGAUCCAGCAACCAAGAAGUGGAAGGAGCUUUAUGGUGAUGACUCUGUGUGCACCUGCUGUGAGUCUACUUGCCCCACAGCACAGCCCAGGGCUUCCAAGAAGACCAUCUCCAGCGCCUCUUGGAAGGUCGACUUGAGUGACGAGGAUGACCAUGUGGACAUUGAACCUCGGAUGAGAUCGACUGAUGCUGACUCACUCGGUUUGGCAGACAUGGCAGAGCAUGCAGACUUCCUCAACUACUGGGAGGAUGAUUAUGAAAAUUAGUGUGGAAAUGUUAACUUUUAAAAAAAUAAAUGGAUUUCUAAUGUAUUUGA